GUGUACGCGCGCGCACGCUCUCAUUCUCGCUUUCUUUUAAACACACACGUACACACACACACACACACACUCUCUCCCUCUCCUUUCUCUUUUCAAAAGCCCCUUGUGAGCAGAUUGACAGGCUAGAAUGAAAAUGAGGCGGACGCUCGCUCACGGCUUCAGUGCGUACGCGUCCCUUUGAGCAGACGUCUCCACUUGGAUCAUAUCACCAUGGGACCUGUUCGGGCUGCGAGGGACUUUUGUUUGUUUUUGCUCUUGUUAAACAGUCGCCAAAGCGCUGCGCUAACAGAGACUCGAGCAGAUCCAUGUGCAGAGGGAAGUGAUGGCUGUCACAUUGAUGCUAUUUGUCAGACCACUCCAGGCUCGUACAAGUGCACGUGUAAAGCAGGAUUCAGAGGAGAUGGAAAACACUGCGAAGACACCGAUGAGUGCGACCUGGAGUACAAUGGUGGCUGUGUACACGAGUGCAACAACAUCCCAGGAAAUUAUCGUUGCACUUGCCACGACGGAUUCAAUUUGGCACAUGACGGACACAACUGCCUAGAUGUGGAUGAGUGCAAGUUCAACAACGGUGGCUGCCAGCACACUUGUGUCAACACCAUGGGCAGCUACGAGUGUCGCUGCAAGGACGGCUUCUUCCUCAGCGACAACCAGCACACAUGCAUCCACCGCUCUGUGGAGGGCCUCAACUGUAUGAACAAGGAGCACGGCUGUGCCCACAUCUGCAAAGAGACGCCCAAGGGAGGCGUGGCCUGUGAGUGCCGCCCAGGGUUCGAGCUGGCCAGGAACCAGAAGGGCUGCAUCUUGACUUGUAACCACGGCAACGGAGGCUGCCAGCACACCUGCGAAGACACGGAGAACGGCCCCAUAUGCAAGUGCCACAUCAGGUACACCCUGCAGCCUGACAAGAGGUCAUGUGUAGAACGUGAUGAGGCCACCACCGAGCCCUCGGACAACAACGCCACAUCCAUCACUGAGGUGGACAAACGGGUCAAACGAAGACUGCUGAUGGAAACCUGCGCCGUGAACAAUGGGGGGUGUGACUGCACCUGUAAAGACACAUCCACAGGCGUGCGCUGCAGCUGCCCCGUGGGCUUCACCCUGCAGCCGGAUGGAAAAACAUGCAAAGAUAUUGACGAGUGCGAAAUUCACAACGGCGGCUGCGAUCACUUCUGCAAGAACACCAUCGGCAGCUUCGAGUGCAACUGCAGGAAAGGCUUCAAGCUGCUCACAGAUGAGCGUUCCUGUCAAGAUAUAGAUGAGUGUUUUUUUGAGCGGACAUGUGAUCACACGUGUGUGAACUCCCCCGGUGGUUUUCAGUGUCUGUGCAACAAAGGCUUCACCAUGUAUGGACUGGCCCACUGCGGAGAUAUAAAUGAAUGCAGUGUGAACAAUGGCGGCUGCGAGCAGGGUUGUGAGAACGCCAUGGGUGGAUUUGAAUGCUUUUGCCAUCCUGGCUAUAAGCUGCACUGGAACAGAAAGGACUGCAUUGAGGCUGAGGGUUUACCACCUGCCAAACCCCCCUCUAAACCCACCUUGAACUGCAGUAAGCAGGAGGGGGGGGACCGCUGCUUCCUGACCUGCCAGUCCCAAGUUCACAUCAGCAGCGGGACGGAGGAUUCCUACACGGUGACCUGUGGAAUGCCUUUGCCCUGCUUGGCUGACGCACAAAAGAACAACAGUGGCUUGUAUUGCUUGGGUCCAGAAAUGGCCGCUGUUCCACGCAUUAAGACCACAGCCACUUUUAAGUCGGGCACCGGGAAGUGCAACCUAAAACGAAGUCAGGAGAAACUGAGGGAGAGCUUGAACGCUGCACACUCAGAUAGCAGGUUCCUCUUCACCGAAAAUGUCCAGUUCAGCUACGUGAGCCUGCGCUGCACCUCGUCCGGGCAGCGGACACGAAGCCGCCACGGCAGGAAAGCCGGCGAGGAGGACGGCUCCUCGAUUACAGCUGAGUUUGAGCUGGAUGUGAACCUAGAGGAGGUAACAGCAGAGAGCUGCGACCUGAGCUGCGUGCGCCGGCGCUCGGAGAAGAGGCUCAGGAAGACCAUCCGGACCCUGAGGAAGUCCAUCAACCGGGAGCAGUUCCAUCUCCACUUCGCCGGGUCCGACUACGAGCUCUCCAAGAAUCCCGAGCAGCCAGUGGAACUGACGGGACACUGUGUGGGCGGACAGAUGCUGAUGGGCAGGAAAUGUGUGAGGUGCAGUGUGGGUACUUAUUACAACGCAGACCAGGGAAGGUGUGUGAUGUGUCCUGCGGGGACGUACCAGGGUGAGGAGGGACAGACGUCCUGCGAGGUUUGUCCUGGACCUGAGGGAAGAGAAGUGUUGAAGGUGGCCGGAGCUCGAAACAUGUCCGAGUGUGGAGGUCAGUGUUCCCCAGGUCAGUCCUCUCAUGACGGCUUCCUCCCCUGCCUGCCCUGUCCACUGGGGACGUACCAGCAGGAGGUGGGCCGCACCACCUGCUUCCCCUGUGGAGGGAAUCUGGUCACCAAGCGCAUCGGUGCGGUCACCUUUCAGGAGUGUGAGACCAAAGUCCAGUGCUCUCCAGGACAUUACUACAACACCAGCACACACCGCUGCAUCCGCUGUCCGACGGGCACGUUUCAGGCGGAGUUCGGUCAGAACUACUGUAUGGCCUGCCCUGGAAACACCACCACCGACUUUGAUGGCUCGACCAACUUCAUGCAAUGCAAAAACCGACAAUGUGGGGGAGAGCUGGGAGACUUUACCGGCUACAUCGAGUCGCCCAACUACCCUGGGAACUAUCCGGCCAACAUCGAAUGCACUUGGACCAUCAACCCACCGCCCAAACGCAGGAUCCUUAUUGUCGUCCCAGAAAUCUUCCUGCCGAUUGAGGAUGAGUGCGGAGACUUCUUAGUAAUGAGAAAGAGCGCUCUGUCCAACUCUGUGACGACCUACGAGACCUGUCAGACGUAUGAACGUCCCAUCGCUUUCACCUCCCGCUCCAAGAGGCUUUGGAUACAGUUCAGGUCCAACGAGGGGAACAGCGGGAAAGGCUUCCAGGUCCCAUAUGUGACAUACGAUGAGGACUACCAGGAGUUGAUAGAAGACAUUGUGAGAGAUGGAAGAUUAUAUGCUUCAGAGAAUCACCAGGAAAUUCUCAAGGACAAGAAGCUCAUGAAGGCGCUGUUUGACGUGCUCGCUCACCCACAGAACUUCUUCAACUACACAGCUCAAGAAUCACGAGAGAUGUUCCCUAAAUCCUUCAUCCGCUUCCUGCGUUCCAAAGUCCUGAGAUUCCUUCGCCCCUAAGAAGGGUUCUCACCAUGUGUCUGGAUUAUAGAUUAAAUACCGGCCACAGUAUCUGCUUUUUUCCAACUUGCCCCAAAAAGAGUAUUCUGUAGUUAUCUGUUUUCACCUGGAGGGAUGAGCUGACAACACAUUUGAUAAACAGUUAUCCUGAGAGAGAAGUAGACAAGACAAGCAAGUUAAUUCCUAACUGGAGCUUUUGGAGGGAGAAUAGAUCCUCAGAAUGGAAACCAGGUUCUCUUUCCUUUGUUUGGAAAUUUGGAAAAAUGUUUUUAAAUAACUUCUUUUAGAUUUUAAAGUCACAUCUCAGGAUUUACCAACUGCAAGUCUGUAUCUGAAUAUUGCUAAAUAUUCUACAUGCCAUCAUUAGGAGACUUUUGUUGACAACAUUGUGAUUUCAAGAAAAAAAGGUAGCUAAACAGAUGAAUGUCAUUCAGUGUAUCUAUAGUUUGAACUUAGGCUACUUUCACAGGUAGAGACGAGUUGUUGGCAGAAAUCCUGCAAAAUGACAGAAACAAAUAUAGCACAAUGUUUUCAUGGAGAAAUUAGCGCCACUAAAGAAGUAGUGGCACCACAAAAGCAAUUAUUCUGAUGAAUCUUUUGUAUAUGAUGUAAAAAGUUUUAGGUGAAACGCUAAUGUAAUGUAGCAACUACAUACAUUUGGACAGUAUAGCAUUGCUGCAACUGCUGGUGGCUUUUUGGGGCUUUCCCAAAAACAUAAAAAUAACAGUGGCUUUUAUGCAUUCAUGAGACAUCAGCUGCCUCACCAGUAUGUGUCAGUACAUUUUGUAUUAUGAACUAGCAACCAAAGACAACCGCUCACUCGGCAGAAGGUCAGAGAUCUGCGAGUGAUGUGAUUUGAGGUCAGAGACCGUGAAAAGAAACGAGACAUCCUGUAAAAUAGAACUGAGCUAUUCACCUGUCUUAGAUGAUACGUGUAUGUAUAUUUUCUAUGGUUUUGUACAUCUAAUAUGCUGUAAAUAAAGAUAGGAAACUUAUUUUAUGUUA